AAAAAAAAAAAGGGGGCUGGGUAUUUCUGUCUGUCUCCUGGCCGGAGCGCUUCGCCGUGCCAGAGUGCGUUCAGGCUGCGCGGUGUCGGACCGAAACCACCGGGGUUCCCAAAAUAAACUGAGGGGACGCAGAUACGCGCGCACACACACACGUAGGAUACACACAGAAAGGCUGAAGAGUGAGAGAGAGAUACACACCGUCGGAUGGCGGAGCAGAGCCAAAGAAAAGACACUACAGCGUAAAAAGAAAAGGGGUAUCGCUUCUCCCCCCCCACCACCUCUUUUUCUUGCUUUCGAGUGCACAUCAGUGGAGGAGGAAAGCAGAGGACAGGUGUACUUAUUGAUAUGGAUUUAUUCAUUUAUUUAUCUAUUGAUUUUGCUUUAAUUAGUGACCCGCGGUAGAGAAAGAGGGCGAGAGAGAAACAACGAGGGGAGGAGAGGGAGGAGCGAAAGUCAGACAGGAGGUGCCUGCAUAGCCUUACUUUAUUAUUUGAUUAUUUCCGUCUUUUACCAAAUAAUGCUUUUGCGUUUUAUUAUUGUGUCGCUUUGUGUGCAUGUAUUCUUCAGCAGACCAGCCAGCUACUAACCAAAUCUUUACGAGAACCAAAAAGAAGCAACUAUUGUGUUACACGGACAGUUUUCCCCCCUCAUCUCUCUACACCAAGGAUUCACCGGUGGACAGUGUUUGUUUGAGACUUUUCAUGACAGUGCAGGAGGAGAAAUUUCUCUUUUCCCAACCUAAACCAAAGCAAAACCCCGCCGAGGAGAAGAGACCGAGACCGAGAGCCACUGCGAUCUUUACGCACAGCUGUCUGGACACAAUAAAUGGAGUCUAAUUGUGUCUGCGUUACAUCCAAUGGAGAGCAGCUGACAGAGGAGCACCAACUGCACUAGAUUCACAUGGGUGCGACGAUAACAGAUAUCCUCCACUGUCCAGUCACCUGCAGCCCGUAUUAGCCUGUAUGGAGAACCACUGGUAGCUUUCUAUCUCCUACCAGAGCUGAAACAGUCGUGGCUGCGCGUCCUGCACAUCGCUGUGUGUACGUGCGUGUGUGUGUGUGUGUGUGUGUGUCGGACUAGUUGACUCCGAGAAGACACAAGUAAAGGGACCGUAAUAUCCUUCUGUAUCCCAGAGCUAUACAAAUCUAAAAACCGAGAGAUGUGAAUCCGCUGAGGCACAGGCUCAACCCACGGAAGAAAAAGCCAAAUACAGAGUCUCUCUUUUUUUUUUUUCCCCCCAAAAACCAUCCAAGCUUCUUCACACCCGGCUGUCCACAAACCUGGAGAAGCAUACGAAGAAAGGCCAAAGAACGACCGACGGACGACGGAUCAGAAAAGAAAAGUGAGACUAAAAUAAAAACGACGACCCCCAGGUCGACAGAGGACCAUGUUUGUCCCCCUGCCGGUCCCCUUCGUCUUUCAGAGAACAGCGUCCGACUUCAGCGCCUGGAGACUCAAGUCCUCGCUGGCUCCGCGGUCCAGCCCCGAUAUCAGGAUGUCUAAAGCAGCAGAGGAGGAGAAGCCUGGGGCUGACUAUCCAGGGGACAGUUCAGACUCUGACAGAAACAGCCCUGAUGACCAGGUCCAGCCAAUGAAAACCAGCCCCUUCAGCCUCUCUCCCACACCGGCUGGCACCAAGGCAAAGAGUGAGGAGAGCUCUGAGAUGACCCAUAUCACCAUUGCUCAUCCUGCACCUCCCUCCCAACAGCAACAACAGCAGCAGCAGCAGCAGCAGCAGCAGCAGCAGCAGCAGCAACAGCAGCAGCAACAGCAGCAGCAGCAGCAGCAGCAGCAGGCCCAACACCACCACACACAGCUGAUGCUGGCUGGUAGUCAACUAGCAGGGCUUGCCGCUCUCCUCCCGGCUCAGCAGCAGCUGCUCCUCCAACAGGCUCAGGCUCAGCUACUGGCAGCCGCCGUUCAGCAGUCGAACGCUGCCCACGCUGCCCAUGCCGCUCACGCUGCCCACGCCGCCGCGCAGCAACAAGCCAACCAGCAACAGCAACAGCAGCAGCAGCAGAACCAAUCACAAUCCCAGCAGCAACAGCAGCAGCAGCAACAGUCAACCAAACAGGAGCAAGCCCCGCCUCCACCGCAGCUGGCCCUGUCGCAGCCAAUCCAGCUCACAGCCCAGGACAUCCAGCAGCUGUUGCAGCUCCAGCAGCUGGUUUUGAUGCCGGGUCACCCACUCCAGUCUCCUGCCCAGUUCCUCCUGUCUCAGCCAGCACAGGCACAGCAGCCGCAGCAGGGUUUGCUCUCGACACCAAAUCUGAUCCAGCUACCUCAGCAAAGCCCAGGAGGACUACUGACAAGUCCACCUCGCCUGGGACUCCAAGCACAGAGGGAGAAGAGCGGUGAUGUUGUUGUCGGUGGAAGCAGCGGCGGCGGCUCUAUAGUCGCCACUGGCAGCAGUGGCGUUGUGACGUCUGUGGGAUCCACCUCGGCGUCCAGCAGUGCCAUGGCUUCCUCGAUGACGUCCGGCUUGACUUCUGGAGGUCACGGGGGUCACGGGGGUCACAUGGGGGAAGAGCCCAGCGACCUGGAGGAGCUGGAGCAGUUUGCACGCACCUUCAAACAACGACGCAUCAAGCUGGGAUUCACCCAGGGAGACGUCGGCGUGGCUAUGGGCAAACUGUACGGCAACGACUUCAGCCAGACCACCAUCUCCCGAUUUGAAGCGCUCAACCUGAGCUUCAAGAACAUGUGCAAGCUGAAACCACUGCUGGAGAAGUGGCUGAGUGAUGCAGAAACCAUGGCAGUGGACAGCAUGCUGCCCAGCCCAUCUUCUCUCUCCUCCCCCAUGUUGGGUCUUGAGGGUCUACCUGGCCGACGCAGAAAGAAGCGCACUAGCAUCGAGACCAACGUGCGAGUGGCUUUAGAGCGCAACUUCAACGCGAACCAGAAGCCUACCUCGGAGGAAAUCCUGCUCAUGGCGGAGCAGCUCAACAUGGAGAAGGAGGUGAUUCGUGUUUGGUUCUGCAACCGCAGGCAGAAAGAGAAACGUAUCAACCCCUCCAGCAGCACCACCCCUCCCCUGCCCAGCCAGACCUCGCCUGUUGUGACGCACAAAGCCUCCUGCUACAGCCCGCACAUGAUAUCGAGUCAUGGUCUGUCCCAGGUCACCACCAGCCUCAGCACAACAGCCGCCAGUUCAUCACCUUCAGCAUCCUGCCCCAUGACUCCCGUCAGCUCGGCUGCAGUAGGCUCCACCUCUUCUGCUGUGACCCCGCCCCCUCAUAGCACAGCCAGCCCCGCCCCAUCCAGCCUCGGGGUCCAUGGGCUCAGCACCGGGAACACAAUGAUGGGAGUAAGCACAGGGAUGAACCAGGCCCUCAUUGGCAGCAAUCCCCUGGCUACCAUGCAAGCCCUGGCAGCCAGCGGUGGACAGCUGCCCAUCUCCAGCCUCGAGGGGGCAGCGAGUCACAUGCUUCUGGGUGGACCUGGGGGUCCCGCUUCCCUCCGCCAGUCCCUCUUCCUCAACCGUCCCACUCUCCUCCCCAUGGUGACCGCUUCCAUGGCGACCGGUUCCACGGCCACUAUAGGACUGGUCAGCGGCGGCAGCAGCAGCGGUGCAGGGUGCGGUCCAAGGCCCCCCUUCUCCCAGUCUCCGUCCCAUGGUGCCAGCGACCUCAUGAGCCCGACCUCGUGCCCCGAGGAGUCCGCAUCUCCUUGUUCAAGUCCCGCAUCUUUCUGUUCCUUCAGCGAAGCCUCGCCACCGCCCCUGGGAGGGGCCAUGGCCGAGUGAUCCCUGACUGACAGCCAAAGUAUCCUAUCAGAGGAGGACGAGGAGGAGGAAGAGGAGGAAGCAGAGCGUUAAAGGAGCUUUAAAAAUCUAAAUUUACAACCUCGCCUUUCAACCAAAGCCAUCUCUCUGUCUGAUCCAUCUCUGAUUUCGCCUCUCUCUUUCUCUGUCUCCCCGCUGAAGUCUUCUGAAGCCAAAAAUAUACACAGAUGGAUGAGGGGAGGAAGCAAAGAGAGAGGGAGGAUGGAGAGGAUAGAGAGAACUGCAGAACGGAGGGGGGAAAUUUGAAACCAAAUAAUGAUCUACAGCUGGAGAGGUGGCAUUGAGGAGUGUUUUUGCUUGGCAUCGGGAAACGAACACCAUGCUUUUUAUCGGCUGGAGAAAAAAUAAUGAACUUGCUGAGGGCAGGGAUGAGAAACUGUGUGUGAGAGAUGGGAGGCAAAAAGAAAAGACUUGUUUAACAAGCUUGGAAGGUCAUGUGGUUGCAACCAAAUUUAAAAAAGAAGAAGAUGCUAGAAGAGAAACACACACUUACAAAGAUGAAAACCAAAAUCUCCAAAUACCAAAAACUGAAAACCAAAAAUGACACAAAAAAAAAACAACAAACGGAGAGAAAAGCUUUAGUUCAAAAAGAC